UUCUAAACAGCUGAGAACUAUAGGUUGAACUGAUAAUUGGAAGUGUUUGUUUGCUGAGCUGUUUUCCGUUUCGAAAUAUUCGGUUUGCCAAGCACUACAGCCAUGACACAGGUGUUCAUCAAUGGAGCCAGAGACGAGCUGAAUGUGCGGGAGUUUGACAGCUUGGAUCCUGCCAUCCAGGAGCUUAUCCAUGCCGCCACUGAGGCCAGGAAGCAGGCAUAUUGCCCUUACAGCAACUUUGCGGUAGGAGCUGCCCUUCGCACCAGCGAUGGCACCAUAUAUUCUGGUUGCAACAUCGAGAACGGGGCUUAUGCCACCUGCAUUUGCGCGGAGCGCACAGCGGCUGUCAAGGCCAUCAGUGAGGGCAAGCGUGACUUUGUGGCCUGUGCGGUGGUGGCCCAGCAGGACAAUGGAUUCACCACGCCAUGCGGCGUCUGCAGGCAGUUCCUGUCGGAGUUCGUCAAUGGCAAGGACAUACCCUUGUACGCUGCCAAACCGAGCAAUCUGCCACUGAGGGUUCUAUGUACCAGCGUGCUCCAACUUCUACCCAACAGCUUUAGCUUCUCGAACGGAAAAUAGACGGGCCGGAUGCAUUUCAACUGCAGUCUAUGUGCAAUAUAUCAAUUUUUGUGAAGUCCCUA